UAUAAUUGAAGCGCGCGCGCACGUCACUCGUCGGUGUAACCUCGCCCGAGCAGCUGUGAACAAUGAAGUGUUUUGUUGUUAUGGUUUUCCUGUCUGUCAUCGUUUAUGGAUGCGAUGAGGAUUACUUCCGCAAACUCGACGCCAUCACGCCUGAGGAGCCGUGUUCUCGCGCAGGCGGCAUUUGCACCUUCGCGGAAGACUGUCCCCUGCUGACUGAGGAGUCAGGACUCUGUCCCAAGCAACGGAGUCAAGGAGUGGAGUGUUGUUAUGGAGUGUCGGUGAAAGAUACAAGGUGUCAGAAACAUGGUGGUUCUUGCACUCCAUCAAACGUGCGCUGUGGCCCAACAUACGCUAACGCGACGGACUGCGCAACUGGAGAACAAUGUUGUAUUUAUGUUUAAUAAUACUAUAAUAGAGCCGAUAGCACAUCGAUAAAUACCGUUGCAUUUUAUUACAACCCGAUUGAGUUAACUGCGCACCUGGCAGCUGUGACGUCACAUCAACGUUCAGUGUGCUUAC